AUGUUGCUGUUCACUUGUUUCUUCUUAGUUCAAAUUCUUUUUCCAUUCUCAUUAUCCCGCGGUAUUGUAAUGUAUGGAUAUCCAACUUCGUUUAUUUGCAAAGCUUCAACUUCUACCGCAACUUCUACAGCUUGUUUCAAAAAUUUUGAAACAAGUAGCUAUGAUUUUGCAUACUUCAAGUCGAGUGCAAAAACUUGUUGUAAGACUAAUUAUGGAUGGUUAAUUCGGGCAAAAAAUUAUGGAAAAACUGAUAAAAUGAUUUUUAAUAUUGACGAUUCAUCAAAAAGUUGUUCUGACAAUAAUCCAUUAAUUUAUAAUAACUCAAAUACAGGAAACUCAUUAUUUCGAAUCACUUAUGAUGCAAAAUCUAAAAAUAUGAUGGUUCAAGGUAAAUUUUAAUUCUAAUACAUAUGUAAAAUAAAUAUCUUGGAAUAAUUGUUUCAAGCUCGUGGAUGCACAACUGAUACAAAUAUUUAUUAUUCACUUCGAAAUGGAAAAACACAAUGUUGGGGUUUGUAUAACAUCGAUAACAAAUAUACUGCUGAUGAUAUGAUUGCACAACUGAAACAGAAAAAACUGAAACAAACUUCGCCUUUGGAUAUUACUUUGAUCAAUCGACUUGUUCAAGAAUCCAUGGAAGGACGUAGCACUUACAAAGUUGCAAUUUUAAUGGAUGGAAAACGGAAAGAUUCUUGUAACACUGGAGCGCAGUUCUUCAAUACUGCUUGUGAUUUUCCAAAGGGAUAUGAUUUUGUCGACACAGAAAAUCCAUUGUUAUCAAGUUAUCCAUUCACUGCAAAUCCAACAUUGGCAACAUUUAAAAGAUGUUUGGCAAUGUUUUUUGAUUCGGAAAAAUCAAAAUUCAAUCAAAAAGUUGACUUUGUUGAUUGUUCACAAACAACAGCUGAUGGUUAUACUUAUAUACAUGCUGUGACAAGAAAAUGA